AUGCCGGAUCCAAAGCCUCAGCCCGUGCCGAACGCCGGUGAUGGAAACACCACGGAGGAGGAGGCAGAGGAGGGCGAGCCUCUGAUCGGAGCCAAGUCCCAGGUGAAGAACGUCGACGAGGUAGAUGUUCUGAAGGUGCAGGAGGGCCGCCGGCGAAACUGCCUCUCCCUGCUUGCCGGAAUUGUAUGCGGCAUCGCCAUUUUUGUCGCCGGCACCCUCUGGGAGAAGCACACGAUGGUUUCCAGUGGAGAGAAAACUGCGCCCCCUGCCGGUGCUUUGCGACAACCUGUUGCAAGUCCAAGCGUUGGAGCCCCUGAUGCCCAAGACCUGCCGCAUCUCGUCAACGCUCGGCCUUCAACGUCCACAAUCCCGGCUCCUGCCUUGAGACCUUCCGCAACCCGGCCGACGACUGCGGCGCCGACGACGGCGGCGACGACGACGACGGCAGCGACGAUGACGGCAGCGACAACGCCGGUGCUGCCUCCGGCGACUCAGGCCAAACUUGGCCUGUUCUCGGCUGACGACUAUAGGUACCCCCAUGAUCCCAGCAGCAGUGCUUUCAACGCGAAGGCCAUGGAAUGCCUGAGACAGACGAAUCCUGACCUCGAGCGCUUUCAGUACCCUGAUGAUGCUGAAGAGCACUUCGAAGAGUUGAAUCGAACCAUGAGCCAGUUCACCAAAGGGGUGAAACCACUCUGCGGCAAAAUUUCAGCUGGCUUCUGCGGCCCAUGGCUGGAGAACUACUGGAUCUGGUGGUUCAGCGCCAUAUGGAAGAACCGCAAGAAUGGAACACGGCUUCGGGAUAUCUUUGGGCCGUAUAUUCCGAUCCUCUUUCCUUUUCUGGACAUCUUUAUUCCACAUUUUUAUCGGUACCCGAAAGGUACCCUUGAAACUCUGAACCAAACACUGCGGCCCAAUGUGCUGUACCUAGCAGUAUCUCAGUGCGACGAUGGCAUCUUUGGCCAUUGGCCAGACCGGAAACUAGUUCCAUUCAGGCAGACGGACUUCCCAAAUAUGCUGGUGCUGAGUGCCGGUGGCUACGGUCAUGUUCCCCUGCCACUAUUCAAGCAGAUUGAAGCGCCAGUUCAAGCGACUCCGCUACCGGAGCGGACAUAUGCGGUUUCCUUCAUGGGCUCCUUAGAUCAUGGACCAAAGGGCUCCCGGCCAACCAUGAAGGCCAUGGCAGAAAGGUGGGGCAAGCUGAGGAACAAAACCGUGAGGAUAGGUAAGGGCAGCGACUGGAAGGAGGUCAUGACGAACACGAGCCUGAAUCUCUCCCCCCGUGGUUUCGGACGGAAUGCUUACCGGACAGAGGAGCUGUUUCAGAUGGGUUUUAUCCCAGUCUACAUCCAUGAGAAGGGGCCGUGGCUCUUCUACCGGGAUCUUUGGACCGAGGAGAAAAUCGGUUUCUUCUCCUCGCCCGGGGCUCUGGAGUCCACCUUGGACCAUGCUUUCUCCGACAUGCAGAAGCUCUCGGACAUGGAGAAACGAAUCCGGGCCAUGCGAGACACGCACUUUAUGCCCUUGGGUGUGAUGGACCAGAUCUCUAAGUUCAUGACAGAGCGGGACGGCGGUGGCGACUUGAGGUGUGAACCUUUGCCGGAUAGCAUCCUGUGA